AUGGAUCCGGACUGUGCCAUCUGCCGUGCUCCGGCCACCGUCCAAUGCGACUGCGAGGCCAAAGGGCUCGAGUCCGCUGUCAAGCAGGCCGAAGACCGUAUGAUGCGGGGGAUAUACAAUGACAUACGGGGCUGGGUAAGAGCACAUGCUCAAGACUACAUUCUGGAAUACUUCCGGCUGCUCACCGAGCGUCGUAAAUUGCAGCACCAAAACCACCUGGAUCAUCUUACACAACAAGCCUAUCACUACUAUCACGCUCCACCUCAUCCUUCUCAACUGGACCAUGCCAACGCAGCACUGAAGCGUGGCGUCGAUGAGGAUUGGCAGGCCAGCGUGCAACGGUAUCCGGAGGUGCUGGAGUAUUUCUAUAGCUUGGUCGAGCUGUCGUUACCUUCCGAUGACGAACCCGCUGUGAAGGACCCGCCCUUGAGUGCUCUCAACGGAUCUCGUAAGACGAACCGACGAAGCGCCAUGGGCUCCAUGGGUGGUGGGAGUGUCUACCACGACCACGACCGGCAUCGAGGCACGCCCCUACCUCGGGGAAGGACGCCGCCGGUUGGACGCAUAGACGGCCGUACAACGGCACCGCCGAUGGGUGGUGGUUUGGGCCCACCGCCGCCUGGUGCGCGGAGGAUGCCCUACCGGGGGCCGCCUCCCCCCGGUGUUGCAUACUACCCCGGGCCUCCGUACUGA